AUGGGUGUUUAUAUACCACCAGGAAGCGGAGGAAAUGAUAGUGGGAAGAGUAGCGGAAGUGGUGAUAAUACAAUUACAAUUCCAAAUCCAGCAUCAUUCAUACCGCAAAAUCCAAGCUUAGGCUUAAGAUUAUGGGGACCACUUGUUCCUGCUUCAGAUAAUUUACCAGCAUUGUAUUUUCUAACCAGUUUACAAAUAGGGAUUGGCUUAUUGAGUUUUAACAAGGUGAGAUAUUUAAGAAGGGCUAAUUUAGCAAGAUUUCAUAUGGAAAAUACAUGGCAAAGAAGAACCACGAAAUGGUUGUGUGCGGUUGGUGGAUCAUAUUUGAUUUACCAGUCGGGAAUUGAAAUGUCCAGAUUGGCUAUGCCAUAUGAUCCAUGGUACGAUGAAGCGAAGUUCUAUAGGAAAUUGGCCAUCAAAAAUGGCGAUAAUCCUAGUUGGUGGUUUGGGGCAACUGGGUACUACAAACCUAUGAAUUAUAAAGAGUGGUUUGCAAAAAUCGAAAACUGGUUUAAAAAUCAGAUACAUAUAAUUGACGCUGAACUGGAAAAUAGUGACGCAGCAGCGUCUUCAGCUAGCAAAGGAAGCAAGAAUUCCCAAUCACCUCUUUUAUCCAGCUUAUCUAGAAAGGGAAAAUAUUCAGAAAUUUACCAAAGUUUGCAUGACAGCAAUAUCAAGAGGUGUAAAAAAUUAUUAGAAGAACUAAAGGACGUGAAUGAAUUGAAUAAGGCUGAAAGACUUGACCUAAUUAUGGAAGGUAAAUCAUCGAUUAAAUACAACGAAGAAUAUUUGAAACCUCACAUCCAAUUAGGAAACCAUAGAAUAGAUACGGAUGAAGAAUUUGAAAUGGUAUGGUUGAAUUUUGAACCAUGGGAUGAGCUAAAAAUGGAAACCGACUAUGAUAUUAGAUUGGUACCAAGAUGGAGGUGGAGUGAAGAUGACGACGUCGAGGCUUCAAGCAGUGAAUCUGGUUCUACAGAAUCUACAACCAACUCAGUUAAUGAAGUUGAUGAAUCGCAUAUAUAA